GUAGAUUCGAGUUACAAAAUGGCGGCCUGGGGCGUGUUGGGUGCUGUUCUCCCAGCGGUCUCCGGCUGAGCGGACGGCUCUCCCUUCCGUAACCGAACACAAAGCGACGAGCCCCCCCCGAGGGACAUGGUGUUUGAGGCUCAGGGCUUGCUGACCACCACAACCUUUGAGGUUCUCAGCGCACCGGAAGCGACCGGGCGCCGCUUCAGACCCGAGCGCCACUGCGCACCCCGACUUCGCCGCGCCCUCAACCCAGCGAGGGCCGCCGCGGCCGCCCGGGAGGUUUGGGAAAAUGGCCAAAAGAAUUGCCGAGAAGGAAUUGACAGAUAGGAAUUGGGAUCAAGAAGAUGAAGCAGAAGAGGUGGGAACAUUCUCAGUGGCCAGUGAGGAAGUCUUGAAGAAUAGAGCCAUAAAGAAAGCAAAACGUAGAAAUGUUGGAUUUGAAUCUGAUAGUGGAGGGGCCUUUAAAGGUUUUAAAGGUUUGGUCGUACCAUCUGGAGGAGGGGGUUUUUCUGGAUUUGGUAAUGGUGCAGGAGGGAAGCCUUUGGAAGGACUGUCAAAUGGAAACGGCAUGACUAGUGCCCCUCCCUUCUCCAGUGCAAGGGCAGCGACCGAGACCAAGGCCACCUUCGGGUCUGUUGCUGUAAAUGGCCCUACCUCUUUGGUCGAUAAAAAGAUUUCAGAUCCCAAAACGAAUGGCGACCGUCAGCAGCCCUCGUCCUCCGGCCUUACCUCCAGCCCAGCCCGCCAUGGGAAUGCCUACCACAAGCAGUUGGCUGCCUUAAACUGCUCUGUUCGGGACUGGAUCGUGAAGCACGUGAACACAAACCCCCUGUGCGAUCUGACUCCCAUCUUUAAAGACUACGAGAAGUACUUAGCAGGGAUCGAGCAGCUGCAUGUGGCCGGUGGCGGCAGCGGUUCUGAGGGUGAAACUAGCAAGAUGUCAACUGAAACAGAGCCUCCUUCCCUGUUUGGUUCAGCAAAACUGCAGCAGGAGUCAACUUUUUUGUUUCAUGGCAACAAAACUGAGGAUACAUCUGAAAAGAAGUUGGAGGCGGUGUCUGAAAAGAAUAAGGACCCAUCCCCGGGAGCAACAAGCGCCUCAUUUAACUUCGGCAAGAAAAUCGAUAGUUCUGUUUUGGGCUCCUUAAACUCUGGCCCCUUGACUGGAUUUUCAUUCUCUUCUGGAAACUCCAGUUUAUUUGGCAGAGAUACUACCCAAAGUAAACCAGUUUCUUCACCAUUUUCCACUACAACACUGGAGAGCCAAGGAGAAGGUGGCAACAGUGAAUGCAAAGGUGGAGAUGAAGAUGAGAACGACGAGCCGCCCAAAGUGGUAGUCACUGAAGUGAAAGAAGAGGAUGCUUUUUACUCCAAAAAGUGUAAGCUGUUUUACAAGAAAGACAAUGAGUUUAAAGAGAAGGGUGUAGGCACCCUGCAUUUAAAGCCUACAGCAAAUCAGAAGACACAGCUUUUAGUGCGGGCAGACACCAACUUAGGCAACAUUUUGCUCAAUGUCCUGAUUCCACCCAACAUGCCGUGUACCCGCACAGGGAAGAACAAUGUGCUCAUUGUCUGUGUUCCAAAUCCACCCGUUGAUGAGAAGAAUGCCGCCGUCCCGGUUGCCAUGUUAAUUCGGGUAAAAACAAGUGAAGAUGCAGAUGAGUUGCACAACAUUUUACUGGGGAAAAAGGAUGCCUGAACACACUCCGACUGAGGAGUUGUUGCCAAGUCGCUGCUUCCCCCACCACCCCUUAAACUUACUCAGUUUUCUUCUCUUCUUUGACUUUCUAGAACUUAGAGAUAACUUAAAACUUCUGUGAGGAAGAUUAAUAUGGCCAAUAAAACCUUUAAUGUUAAGUGUCAAGAAACUGUAUUCUCCCUUCUUAAGAACUGUCUAAUGUGUAAAACAUAUUUGAAAGAAAAUUUUUGGAAGAUUUUUAAGGUUCAUUUAUUAAACUAACCACAAGUGAUUUCUUCAUGGACUGAAAUCAGGGUAUUGAUUAGAUUCUCCCAAAGGCUCUUCCGAUCCAGGGGUUUGGUGCCUGUGCCAUUGCCGAUGAGGCCUGUCACCGAGGUGUGUCCAGAAGUCAGCGCGCCAUCUUUCUGUGGGGCCUGGCCCGGCUGCGUGAGGACGGCGCUCCACGGGAACCAGGCCACCGUGCUGUGGCCGACGUUUCUCCUUUGCUUUAUCUUACCGUGUUUUACAGCUGAAUGUUCGCCUUCAGCAUAGGAAUCCUCAGCUUUUUCUGUGCAGACACUGACCUUUAUAACCUCCUGGGCUGCUUUACUGUGAUUCUGGAACUGCUUUUUCAUUUUAAAAGGAAAUGAGUAGCUUGAUCUUUGGUUUCAUAAGUGAGUUCAUGAGGUGCUCUUACUUCUGUAUCCCCCUAGAGACAGAUGGUGUGGGGGGGUUGCCAGGAAUGAGGUUUAAAAAGCACAAAUUUGUAGCUUACAGUUUGUAGGUCAUGGACAGUAAACCCUUGUAAAAGAGUUAAACCAUACAACAAAAGGAGAGAAUGUGCUGUUAGUUAUUUAUGCCAUGCUAAACCCUGUGGAUCUAAAAACCUACUUAGUAAAGUCAUAGGAGCUUUUAUUACACAUGAGCCAUGUGAACUAACCAGGAAACUCGCAAUAAGGUAAUGGAAGAGAAAAUUAUGUGUGUAAGUGUUGCCUUUAACUGUUAGACAGCAGUGUAUUCUACAUUUGAUACCUGAAAUUGCCAUUUACUUUUUUAAGAAUAAGGUCUUCUCUCUGUCCAUUUGGAAGAGCGCUGUGGUUGUACACGAGUGCCCGGGCCACCUCCCCGCCGCCGUUCGGUACCCAGCACUAGCGUUGAUGACUCUGGGCACAUGAACUGGAUGUAAAUUUUAGUGUUCUAAAUAUCCGCUUUCAUUCCUCAUGAAUCAUUUAAGGCUGGUACCAGAUAAUCUUGUUUAAAGGCUCAGGGUCUGUGCCUGAGGGCUCACGCUUGUGUAUUCUGAUCGUCAGUACAUAAUGUCUUUUGACUCAGAAUAGUCAAAAUAAUUGUAGAUAGUAGGUUACUUAAAAGAACUGCAAUUUUUAGAUGUAAAAGGGCAGGGAAACCAUUUUAUGAUCGAAUAAUGUUACUCGUAAAUACUUGAGGUAAGGUGGCUGGGCCAGCGUUUGUCACGAGAUGCUGCUGCUGCUCUGAUUCCAGUGGGAGAAUUUGGCCCACGGUGCGACUCUGGGGAGAGACACGCAGAGGUUCGCGUGUGCGUGGUGAGAGGUGGUCAGAGCAGGCUGUGUUGUGAGGCCUAGGGAGGACGUGGCAGCUGUUGUUGCUUUUACUUUUUAGAAAUGAGAAUGUUCCUGAGUUUUUAUUGGAGAUGAUUCCUAGUGAACAAGUGGUUGAUGCUGCUAAUGUAGUAGUGGCCCUGCCCUGCUCACCUGAGGUUUAUGCAGGCGUUGGAAGGAUGAGGAAGUGAGGGGAACAAACUUAGCCACUUGGCUUAGCCAGCCACCUGUGCUCCUGGCCCCGCCAGUCAGCAGGUGAGGCUCACAGGCGUCUUUAGGAGCUCCGGGGUUAGCCUUUCCCUUGGCACGUAAUGUGAAUGUUCACCGAAAAUGGCAUGAACCACUCAUGAUUGGAUUAUUGGAUGACCUCUUAACACCGUCCCCACCCCACCAUAAAAACAGGUGUGUGUUUUUAAUUAGUGAAUAUGUGUGGCGUCCUUUUGUCCUAACAUUCCCAGCAAAUUCGUGCUGCUAAGACUGUUCUGUUAAACUGAAAAUUACAGGGGAGAAUGGUGUGUGUACCGUAAGUCAAAGUAUUUUCCUAAAAUCACUCUUACGCUUUAGGAUCUUUUUGGUCUCCACUUUAAUCAUGUAUUUGUAUAAAAGAGCCCAAGUGUAUAUGGAUUUCACUGAAAAAACCUAAAUCCAUGUGUGUUACUGAGGGAGGGGAGUCUGGCCCCUGGAGGGCCCCUCUUCACCCCCACUGUGUAACAGCUCACGUCUGCCCUGUGGGUUUAGUUAGGUUUAUUUUUAACAAAUUAUUAGAAAUUAGGCUUUAAAAGUGUUUAAUGUUGACUGAAAUUUUUAUCUUUAGUUGGGAAUCUCAAGAGUUUCGUAAAUGUGGCCUAAAGGUGUAUAUACCUAAAGGUCUAAGGCAGGCUGUGCUGUAGCCUGACAAAUACCGAGUGUCCCAGUGGCCUUUUCUUAUCUGAUGUGUGUUCCUCUCCUUCUGAGCAUUCCUGUCAAGCAAAAAACUGAGUGUUAUGCUGUCUCCAUUAUUAGAAUUACAGGCUGGAAAUACGUAUCAUUUUUAGAUUGUUUUCCAUGGAAAGACAGGUCUGACUCUUUACAGACUGGUUUUCUUUAAAAGGAUUGUUUUACAAUUUCAGUUCUAAAUCAUAUUUUUGAUAUGCUACAUGCCAAAAAUAUCUACCUAUUCUAGGGUAGACAAAAAAAACUAAUACUCUACUGCUAGAGUUCAAAACAAGUUUUCACUGAAAAAGCCUUUUUGGUUUAGUUUUAAAGGUAUACAGGUUGCUUGUUUCUUAGCAUUUGAGUUAUUCCUAUGUUUUAGAACAAUCCAAAUGUAAGCGCAGUGCAUUUGAAGACUUUCCAGAUUUGCAAAUUAAAUGGCUUACUCCCAAACCCCUAGGAUUCAUCCUCACUCUGGAAGUGAGGAUUUUAAGUAGAAACUGAUUUGUCCUCUAGUACCAGUAGGUGACAGUGAGGAGGGGGCCCAGGAGAACUUUCUUCCAGGCACACCUGAGCACGAGGCCGCUCGCUUGUCCGUGGCAAUCAUGGUGCGGGCUGGACUCCCCGUCUGAUGCAGAUGCAGUGGUAUUAGAGAGGUGAAACUUCUUCACAAUCAAAUGGAUGAAUUGUUUGCUAUUUUAAAUAGGAAAUUGUUUUCUAAAACUAAAAUACUUGAAUCGUCAGACAAUGUAAUCUCAGUUUGUAUUGGUUUUUGAAUGAUCCCAUUGAGGAAGUGUAACAAUCCAGGAAAUGUGAAUAAAUGGAAAGAAAACAGAA